AGUUUUUUGGAUGCAUCACUCUUUUGUUGGCUUGCACCUUUAUGGAUACUAAACGUUAGCCUACUAGAGGAGUUUCAUGAUUGAAACAGGCACCGCUUCCCUCCGGUUACGCAUUUUUGCCAGAUUGGACACAGACAACAGGGAAAAAUAGCCACGAUUAUAGUCCAUCGACUUCAGAACAUCACUUCAGUCAGGACAAUUUUCAUUUUCGCCUUCAUGGAUGGUGAGCGCAAAUCUGACAUGUAGGAUACUUCUGUUGGCUUUGUAAUGUCAAAAUGCAUGCAUAAACUUUUUUUUAAAUAUCUGAAUCCGUAAGCAUUUUAUGAAAUAACGACAUAUUUGUCUUCAACCCUUUUUAUAUUACCUGGGCAAAUCAUUUUUGGUUUAGGCUAAAUAUUUCGGACAAAAAAUCUAUUAAAUUACACAAUAGGCCUAUCCUCCUAUUUUUUUUAAAGAUAGGUCUAAUUAGCUGACUCAUUGUUUUGUUAAACGCCAAUGGGCCGAUGACUUUACAUUCUUGUCAAUGAACUUGGUCAAUAAAUUUAUGUUUUCACAAACCUCAUUUUUACAACUCAGACGUUUUUUUGGACUAUGGAGAUUCCGGUUGGAUUAGGGGGAGUUUGUGACUCCACAAACCUAGUUUUUCGCGGACCUUUCCAAAACGUUUUCCACAACGUGCAAGCACUGCCGAGUAACACGAAUGUCACUGAAAGCUUGGACUUUUGUAGUUCAAAGUACAGUUUCUUGCAGAAUAAACAACCCUGGGAGAUGCGCCAAACGAGCCGGCAAUCACCCCGAAAAGAAAUAUGGUCAGGAACGGCUCGCAAUUCUGAUAUUGAAGUGAGGGAAGAUGACAGCGUUUGUUUUUCCAGAACACUCGAAUCAGUGGCAUGUCGUAUUCAUUUUGCCAAAAGCUCAAAAGGGAACAAAGCCGGGUUUUCCUCUUUGAACGAAUCAGACAAUCCAAACGCGAAUGAAUACGGAUCGUGUCGCUCUGGACAGCAAGUCUCCAACACCGAACAACAGUCCUGUCAACCCUCUGUGUCCCAUCACGGAAAUGAGUUAAAUCAUAACAGUGAGGCCUGUGUGGCGAGCAGUUGCUCCAGUUCUGCCUGCAGCACCAUCUCAAAAACGGCGAGGGAGCUCUGCAACGCUGUCUCUGUGUCACUGGGAUUGACCAUGGACGCAAAUGAGAUGACUGACCUGGGACCUAAUCACGCACCAUCCAGCGUAAAUCACCAAAGUCAAGAAAACUAUUUGUUUGAGGUGCCUCUAUUGAAAUGUUCUGGAGCUGGAGAAAACGUCUCCAUAACAGAAUACACAUGCCCCAGUGAGAGCUAUGCCAAGCCACUACAAAGUGAUAAACAACUAGUUGAGAUGUUUCAAAGUUCCCCUGCAAACAACCUUACAGAAAAAGUGGCGACCAUACAGCACUUUAGCUCCGGACAUCCAUCCACAGAUGAACAGGAGUUUAGACUGAAUGAAAACAAGGAUGACCCGACUUCAAAAGAAACAGAUCAUUUUAUGAAUACAGGAGCUCGCUCAGCGUCUUAUCAUUUUGACCAACUGUUGCCAGUACACUUGGCACACUUCAGUCAAACCGAAACAGACAGAAACUCUUCUCGUGUGUUCUACAAACCCCCAGCACAUGUCGGUGAAACUGGAGAGACUAUGGAGGACAAAUAUGCUGACUACUUACAACAACAGUACAGUGUCAAGAUAAAAUCUGAGGCCUUUAAUAGGCAUAAUGCACCUGCCGGAACGUCAUGGGACUUUCAGUACAGGUAUAAUGACAAUGACAAUACACAAUAUGGACUGAAUUCAUACAUUGCGGGACCGGACACUGCGUUAAUUUGUAACCCUCAUGAAUAUGAGAGGGGUGGUGGACUCGUGCGCAGAGAGCGGCCAACUCCUGAGCAGUGGUACCCGGGCGAGAUGCCAGGGAGGAUGCCCUAUACCAACUCCCCAUGCAUAAAGAAUGAGGUUGGUGACAGUCUGGAUGUCUCUUAUACAGAUGCCAGGUUUGAGGGUGGCAGCGAACACAUGUACCCCAUGGGAUUCUUCUUCCCGCCCCAGAGGACCUGUCUGAUCUGUGCAGAAGAGGCAUCCGGCUGCCACUAUGGAGCACUCACCUGUGGCAGCUGCAAAGUGUUCUUCAAGAGAGCCGCAGAAGGGAAACAGAAAUACCUGUGUGCCAGCAGAAAUGACUGCACCAUCGAUAAGCUGAGAAGGAAGAACUGCCCAUCAUGUCGACUGAGGAGGUGUUUUGAAGCUGGGAUGACCCUCGGAACACGUAAACUAAAGAAGAUUGUACAGCUGAAGAGUCCGGAGGAGGAUCUUCCCACCCAAGGCCCCACUGAUACCAUCCAGGGAGUCUCUCCCCAAUCCGGCCUGAGCUUCCAUUCCCAGCUGGUGUUCCUUAACAUCUUGGAAUCCAUUGAGCCAGAGGUGGUACAUGCGGGACAUGACCAAUGCCAGCCUGACUCAGCUGCAGCGCUGCUCACCAGCCUCAACGAACUCGGGGAGCGCCAACUUGUCAAAGUGGUCAAGUGGGCCAAAGGCUUGCCAGGUUUUCGGAAUCUGCAUGUGGAUGACCAGAUGACAGUCAUCCAGCAUUCAUGGAUGGGGGUGAUGGUGUUCGGCUUGGGAUGGAGGUCCUACAAGAAUGCCGACGGCAGAAUGCUCUAUUUCGCCCCGGACCUUGUUUUCAAUGACCAUCGGAUGCACAUCUCCAGCAUGUUCGAUCACUGCAUACGGAUGAGACAACUCUCCCAGGAGUUUGUCCUGCUGCAAGUCACUCAGGAAGAGUUCCUCUGCAUGAAGGCCCUGCUCCUCUUCAGCAUCAUUCCAGUCGAUGGUCUUAAGAGUCAGAAGUACUUUGAUGAAUUGCGGCUGACCUACAUCAAUGAACUUGGUCGCGUCAUUAACUAUGGAAGGAAGUCCAACUGCUCUCAGAGGUUGUAUCAACUCACCCGUCUCAUGGAUUCCCUCCAACCGGUUGUGAGGAAACUCCAGCAGUUUACAUUUGAUCUGUUUGUCCAGGCCCAGUCUCUGCCCACCAAGGUCAACUUUCCAGAGAUGAUUGCAGAGAUAAUCUCAGUACAUUUGCCAAAGAUCCUGGCAGGCUUGGCCAAACCAAUCCUGUUCCACAAGUAGCAGGAUUUGCCAUCAUACUGAGAAAAAUCCAAUCCAAGCUGCCUAUAUACUUCAGCCAAGGCUCUGUAGUGUUUCCCUUGUAAUGUUCUCUCUCUCCUUUUUUAUAUCUAAUAGCUCAAUGUUCCAUUUCUGAAAUCAUUGUAUCAUUACAGUAGUUUAGCCGCUUAUCAGACAUAAUUGAGAUAAUAUUCUCAGAAGGGCAGCAAGGUUUUAGCAUUUAUUUCAAGUUGCAAGGUGUCACCUUGUUGACAGCCCAAUCUGUCCUGUAUUUCAAGAAAAAAAUACACAAGUCUACCGGUAGUAGUGUUAUGUCAAAUGUAAGAAACUGAAGAAUGUCAUCCAUUGAUUGGAUGAAGACAAAACUAAAAAUGCAGAAACAGUUAAACAUAGCUAUGCAUAUCUCUACUUUAGAAACUUUUAUGAGAUUGUGCUAUGCAAAAAAAAACUAUUACCAAAAGGAAUGUGAAACAGUCGUUUGCAGUAUACUCUUACAUACAGUCUCUGUAUUUACUAGCUAACUACUCAACGGUGUUAUCUGACUGACUAUGUUGUACUCGAAUGCUAUUUUCAAUAUACAUUUACAAUGCAUAAGUCACUACAUGUAUUGUACAGUAUUUAAAUGUCUCUUGCUAGUUAUUUAGGUAGUGAACCAACAGUGACUAACUAAUUCCAGACACAAAGCGAGACAAUUGGAAUUAAUAACAUUCCAGAAUAUUUUCAGUGGCAGUGGAUCUCUAUUGAGUUAUUUAAUAGUAAAUCAUAGUAUGAAACCUUCUUCAACUUGCUGCACAUUUAGUCUGCAUGUGGUUUCAGAUGACUCUUUUGCGUCACACAUGACAGUACUGUGCCCAAGUUAGUUGGUCAAACUGAAAUACUUAUAAUCUAUUAAUGCUGAAAAUCCUCUAAAGGUUUAACGCAGCCUGAAUAUUUGCAUUCUUUUGUUCAUCAGAACAUACAGAGGUGCAUGCGCCAUGUGUUUGUAGAUGUUAGAAUGAUUUAAUCUUUAUUGAAAAAAAAACAGGGGCGGAACUUUGGUUUUAGAAGUGGGAGGACAUAGCGUGCCAAAUUCAUGUGGCCAUUUGGAACCAACAAUUGCUCUAUUAUGAGGUCCAUUAAAUGCAAACAAUGUUCAAACCAGGGGAGAACGAAUGCCUCUUCUCGUUGAAGCCUUGAAGUUCAUGUCCGACCGUGGUACUGCAGGCAUUGUUUGAAGAAAACAGGAUCCCCCAUUAUAGUGAAUGGGAAAAUAGCAAUCUUCGUGGUCAAUCGUGUAAAAAAAAUUAACAAUCACGGUGCCAAUAAUUGGCUCUAUUACACCAAAUGUAUGUCCCUGAACCAAUUAUUUAAAAAAAUCGCACAAGGAAAAUUUAGUAGCUAAUGGGUAUUUGGGUAUAGCAAGCCCCAUCCCCCUCUCCCUGCCUCCCCCUUGCCUCCUUCAACUAGGCUGCUGUGGUCAGAGAGAGGUCGUAAAUUCCUGAGAAGACCCUGCCACAUAGUAUAAGAGGCAGAGUACAUUUUUAUAGAGCACAAAGGAACUUGAACUUGAGGUACGAACAAAUUUCAUGUUCCGGAGAAAGUAUAAAAGAUCGGUGAAGAAUCCAGCUACGAACUGGUCCGUUUGUUACAACUUGGGGAAGCUCAUGGGAGAUGGUGUGGCCACAUUACCAUAACACUGUUUAUAUAAUAGCCUCAGAUAUGAGGUUUACAUCUAAUUGUUGUAUAAGAUGAAUGAGUGAGUAUGAUACGGUUUAAUAUGAUUUUGGACUGUUUAAUGAAGGAAAAUACAAUUCCCUUUUGAUUUGAACUAAAUCAGAGGGCCGCCCCUGAGCCCAGUUAGGGUCAGGCAUCCUGGGACAGCCCCUUUUCUGCAAUUCCGAAUAAAACCCAACAUUGGGAAAUUAUCACCAGACCAUGUUUUUCUCCAUUAGGAGAGGAUGAAGGUUGUAGACCAUUGCGGAAUCUUUUAACCAUACCACGUGGUUAAACUCUUAGACUAUCGAUACAGACAGAAUAAGAACAAGUCUUUGAUAUUAAUUACUAGUCUGCAGCUAGGAAUUCGGUGUCAUUGAACGCGAAGAACGACAACCGCCGAAACAUCCAAUCUAUAACAACUGAAUGAAUGUCGCUCCUUCUAACCACAACAGAGAGAGCGAGAGAGAGGUACAAAACUCCAACAGAAACAAACUUUUCAACAAAGAUCCCGACAACACACUGAGCGUAAAUAUAUAUAUUGAUUGCAAUUGUCCCCAAAUGAGUGAGCGUUUAUGUGCAACGGAUUAGCAUUUCAAUUGUUAUAAUUAGCAACUUUGUAGUGUCUCAUCUCAGUUGAUGCCGGUUUAGCCUACUAGGGCACAUUCCCCUAUCAUUUCUAGUAACCACAUUUACCUUCUUUGUUUGUUUAUGCAUUUCUGUGAAUUACUUAGUAAUAAAUAAAUGAUUUAAGACAAUUGAUGUAUGGAUGACUCAUAGUGAAGACUGGGUUCUUGCAGAUAACCAGCAAUUUAUGACGUUUGGAAUGAGACGAACGUGAGGUAAAGUAAAUAAUUAAUUAAUCAGAAGACUAUGGAUCAUAUAUGAAAAUAUCUGAAAGGUUAUAUUAUGAAAUUAUAACCUUAUAAUCUGAAUAUUUUUCCUUGGUGCCGACUUCCUGGUUAAUUACAGUUACAUGAUUAAUCAGUUGAUCGCGUAAUACCAAUUACAGAGAAUCUUUGAUAAAAACUAAAAGUCUUCAAUUUAAUGAUAGUAAAGACACGACACUGUGCAUGUUAUGUACGCAUGAUACGCCAUCUUAACAGACUUCCUUAGCUUCAAAUGUUCUAUUGAGUCUUCACAUAGGAAUGAAUGGUGUCCAUUCAUUUUGUCAUUAGUUCAAACUAAGUGAGUGACCUUUUUUUUCAGAUUCCUCAACAAAAUAAAACUUUGUAUUCAAGGACAGCACAAAACAAUAGUUAAAUUCAACAAAUUCCCUGUCUUUGUUUUUAUAUGCCAACUGUGGCUUAAAUUACUUCAUAAAAUCAAACAGUUGCAUAUUUUAGAUAAGGUGAAAUGCAUUAUCAUAUUAAGAAUGUAUUUAUAUGCCUUUAAAAUGGUGAAAUCUUCAUGUAGAUAUCUUGAAAAGAAAAAACUCCAGAAAGAUCCCAUUUUCAUGGUCUUCGACAUCGGAUUGAACAAAUGGUGGUAUCCUAGUGGUUAGAGCGUUGGGCCAGUAACCGAGCUGACAAGGUGAAUAAUCUGUUCAUGUGCAAGGCACUUAAUCCUAAUUUCUCCUGUAAGACGCUCUGGAUAAGAACUGGUGCACCUGGCACCGACAAUCAUACCACGCUCAAAUUCGCUUAGGCCACUAGUUUUGCCCAUCCUAACAUUAAAUCAAACAUUAAAUGAAUGCCUCAAUGCCUGUCUGCCUUCUUUAUACAGCAAGCCACAGCCACGUGACUCACUGUCGGUAGGAAGAACCAUUUUCAUGAAAGGGGUGAAUAAAAACUGUCCACUGAGUCCAUAUCUCUUCAAUAGCUUGUGCAUAAAGCUGGAUUCACAUUGUGACUUAAACCCUUUCUCUAUAACGUAUAUUACUGUCAAUUGAGAUGUGAGAAAUAAUGUAACUUUUAAAUAAUCUGUCAAGUAAAAUUAGCAGCAGUUGUGUCUACCAUACUGACUCCACAUUACUGAAUUUGAAUUGUGAGGUAAAUAAAUUUAAGGAAAUGAUCAAAGAUAAAGCUCUCUUCAUACACCCAGUAAUUAUGCAAUUACUAUUUUGUUUAUCAUUAUACAUGUUUUCAACAUUCUUUUUAGAUUGACUUGGAGAACAGGAUUGCUCUGUCAAGCAAUACACGAUUUUCCAUCAUUAACUUUACUUUAAAAUGUACCAUGGUAGACCAACAUUGACAUUUCCAUAUAAGCCUACAAGUAAAUGACAUCACAAGUAUAUUAAAAAGUCAAAAUGGACAUAGCUGUAUGUAUUUAUACAUUUAUAUAUUAAUCUGUUUUUGUGUAAAUGGUACAAUUAUUUGUGUACAUGUUACUGACAUUUUAUGUCUGUUACAAAAUGUAAUGGCUGAACAUUUUUCUUACAAAAUAAUUUGUUAAUGCUUUUCGACUACCUACUGUAGUAGUAUUGAUUUAAAUAUUCUGUGAGUAAAAUGCCCAAGUUGCAUGACUUCUUAGAGAUGAGGCAAUUCUGACCAUCAAAAUGGUGUUACCAAAUCUUUGAAAGUUUGUUGUAUUUUUACAAUGUCUCUUAUGUGAAGUUACUACUAUUGAAUGAGUUUAUUUAAGAAUGACCCCCAUCCGUAACCUGUAAAUUGAUUGUCCAUUUUCAGCUAUUGAUAUGAUUUGUCAGUUAGUUCUUAGUGUACCUUGUUUCUUUUCCUUUGCAUAUUAUUAAAAACAAUCAAG